AUGGCGAACCAGGAGGCGAAGGGCAUCUUCGCGUCCCUCCCCACAGCCAAGCUGGGUACCUUGAAUCUCGCGGCGCUGGAAACUGCAGCCUCGCAGCAUAAUUUGCAGGUUCUCGAUCUCAAGGAUCACAAGAUCUCAGCCAUUCCGGGGCAGGUCCUGAGUGCUUUUACGCAUGUGAAAGUGUUGGACCUCCGCAAGAAUGCGCUGGAGGAGCUGCUUCCAGACAUCCGCCUGAUGAAUCAGCUGGAGGAUCUGCUCCUUGAUCAGAACCGCCUGCGAGAGAUUCCGGAUGAGGUCUGUCUCCUCCCUCACCUGAGAGGGCUGUCCCUCAGCCAGAACCUCUUGAAGAUGUUGCCAAAGGCCGUGGGCUCCAUGAAGUCCUUGAAGAGUCUCAGCCUAGGCGACAACUUUCUGGAAGAGAUUCCGGUCGAGCUUGGACAGUGCAAAGAGCUGCAAACCCUCUACUUGCACCACAACAGCUUCACAAGCUUACCCUCCAGCCUGUCGGCCAUGGAGAAUUUGCAAGAGCUUGCGCUGGAAUGGUUCAGGUACACCACUCCGCCCCUGCCGCGCGUGAUCAAGGGAGCAGAGUGGCAGCGCAUCAUCGUCAAGCUCAGAGACCUUUGCCGGGAAAAGAAAGACAAGGAUGCUCGUGUGAGCUGCAUCGAGGUCCUGUCGGAGUUUUCGCAGAAGGCCUUCGAUCCAAAUGCUAUUGACUCCAAAAGGAGAACUCGGUUGCACGUGGCGUGUCUUGAGGGGCACGUGGGUGUAGCACUUGCUCUCGCCGAGAACGGGUCGAAGUGCGACUCCUUGGACUGUGAGGGCUACUCGCCGCUGCUUGUGGCCGUCCGUGAGGAGCAUCCUGACAUAGCCAAUGCUCUGGUUCGUGUGGGAGUUGACGUGAAUCGCGGCGGUGGUCUCUUUGGCUCACCGCUGCAUGUGGCCACCGUCAACUUUGACCCACAGAUGGUGAUGCUACUCAUUAGAGGAAAAGCUGACGUCAAUCAGACCGAUGCCGAUGGAAAUGCGCCUCUGCAUGUCUUGAUGUCAGUUUUCGACAAGGGUGGCAAGAGAGCCGCAGCGAUUGGGAAGAUCCUGUUGCAGCACAAUGCUGACUGCAACAUGAUGAACAGCGACAAAUGGGCGCCGUUGCACCUGGCUGCUCGAAGAGGCAAUGUGGGAGCCGAGAUGUGCCUGAUGUGCCUUACCCUGAACCCUAAACCCUAA